AUGGACGUCCCAGAGGGGAAUGAGACAUUCAAGCUUAGAGGAGAGAUAUCCAGCUUCAUCCAGCGAAACAAUGAGACAUUCGCAGAGGCUUGGGAGAGGUUCAAAGGCUACACAAGUCAGUGCCCACACCAUGGAUUCAACAAUGAAUCACUACUCUCCACUCUUUAUAGAGGAUGCUUGCCUAGGUAUAGGGAGAUGCUAGACACAGCUAGCAAUGGGAACUUCCUCAACCAGGAUGUAGAUGAUGGCUGGCAACUUGUGGAGAACAUAGCUAACUCAAAUGGAAGCUAUGGAGAAGAGUAUGAUCGCACCAACCGGAGCUCGACCCACCACUCGAUCGAGUCAGACGAAAAGUUGAGAAAAGAUGUUAAGGCAUUGAAUGAGAAGUUGGAUAAGCUGAUCCUAGCUCAGUCCACAAUGAAGAAAGUCAACUUUGUGUCUGCUGAGGAGAUGGAACCAGUCCAAGAAGGGGAGGAUACACAAUUUGCUGAGGUGUGCUACAUGAGCAAUGGGCAAGGAGGUUACAACAAAGGAUACUAUAACUACAAGUCCAACCCUGCCAUGUCAUACCGCAACACUGAUGUUGCUAACCCUCAGGACCAAGUCUAUCCUCAACAACAAGCAGCUCGAUCGAGUCAAGGACCACAACAUGGGUAUGGUCAAAAGAACAAUUACCAAGGACCACAAGGCACUUUCCCUGGACAACAAAUGAAUAUCCCACCAGGCUUCCCCCACCAACCGCCCCAGCCUGCACCUUCACAAGAGAAUGAGCUCAAGGCAAUGCUAAAGCAACUACUUCAAGGGCAAGCUGAUGGGGUAGUGGACACAAGCAAGAAGCUAGCUGAAAUAAACUCUAAGAUCGAGAACCUCAACACAAGGGUUUACUCUCUGGAGAAUCAUGCUUCUUCUGUUGCUGCUGCUACAAAGCAAGGACAACUACCUGGUAAAGCUAUUCAGAACCCCAAGGAACAGUGCAAGGUCAUCUUCACUCAAGAAGGACUUGUUGAAGAAGAGGAUCAAGAAAGGGUCAUUGAAGAUUUUUGUUUACUGCUGAAUGAUGAAGAGAUUGUUGCUGCUGAGGCUCCUGGAGUCCAGAUUGAUCAACCAGAAGUGCAUGCACCUACUGUGGCCAUUCACACUUCACCAGUUGAGCUCGCACGACAAGCUCGAUCGGCAGCUCGAUCGAGAUGUUCUGCCAACAGUGAUAAAGUUUCAGAGGUCCUACAAGAGUCUACUCAUCAGUUCAACCUGCUUACUUCACCCACCUUCCUACCAAAGGUCAAGGAUCAAGGGAAAUUCACUCUCCCUUGCACACUUGGGCAUCUUGAGAUUGACAAUGCCUUAGUGGAUUCUGGAGCAAGCAUCAAUCUGAUCUCUCUCUCCAUGGCAGAGAAGCUAGGCAUUGCUGGAGCCUUGCAGCGCCCUACUACUUCAAUCAUGUUUGGAGAUGCAACUUCUAAGUCUCCUCUUGGAGUGUUCAAGAACUAUCACUUGAAAAUUGGAGAAUGCAUCAUCCAAACUGAUCUCACUGUGAUGGAAAUGGAAGAAGAGAAGGAUUUGCCUCUGUUAUUGGGAACCCCUUUCCUUAGUACAGUUGGCGCUUCAAUAGACUUUCACAAGCAAGAAGUGAUCCUUCACAAGGUGAAUAGUUUGGUGUCAUAUCGCUUGCAGCCUAGAGGUUCAGACUUUUGUGCCACAAUUGACAGUACCACUCUCAGUUCUAAGAGUCAUGGAGCUACAAAGGUUGUGAAGGAAAGGGUUGACAAGGAACCAAGAGUUGGGAAGGAUAAGGAUGAGAGAGGACCAAGGAUUGAGAAGCCACGUCUUGAGAGGGCUAGAGUUGAGAAACCACGAUCUGAUAGGCCACGAGCUGAUAGACUUGUUCAAGCCCCUUGUGUGCUUGAUGAAGAGAGCCUUCAAGCUUUGUUUGAUGAGCCACUAGGAAGGGCUCUAAAAGAAGGGGAGGAUGCAGCCUCUAAGGCAAGACCAGGUGAUAAAAGAAAGGAUCCACCAGCUCAGGCCCCUUCAGUCAAGCCAUCUCAGCUCACAAUGACUUUGUUCCCCACCAAGUUUGAAAAUGGGAAGAUUGAGUACAAGAUAAGGUACAAGGGGAGAUCAAGGCCAUUCUCUAGAGCCAAGGCCUUGGUGACUUCAGAACAGUCCAGGGACCCAACCAAGCUAAAGGAGCUUCUGUCUCAAGUCCUCACUAUCACCCUUGAUGGUGGGACUAGCUCAACCAAUGCCUAA